UUUUCUGGCCCUUUUCGAAUAUUCCUCUGUCCGUCUCUCUUCCUCAGUUGUCUUCACGUUCAUUUUCCGUCCCCAAAUAUGCGAGAGCAGAGGUACCUGUUUUGUUUUCAGCUCUGAUUUUCAUCAAUUCAUCAUCAGGUCGAAACCGAUUUACCGGAGAUGAAAUUCGGGAAGGAGUUCAAGACGCAUUUGGAGGAAACCAUUCCGGAGUGGAGAGACAAGUUCUUGUGCUACAAACCCUUGAAGAAGCUCAUUAAGCAGGUUCCGACACCUGGGAUUGCGCUUCGCCAUGAUAUCUUUCAACCCCCAAUCGACGUCCCGCCCGUUCCUUCCGUGCAAUCCGAUGCCGAUCAGGAUCAUCCAGAACCUGCUCCUCGGCCCUAUUUGGACCUCCAGGCCUGGUUCAUCGUAAUUCUGAACGAGGAGCUGGAGAAAUUCAAUGAUUUUUAUAUUGAUAAAGAGGAAGACUUGGUCAUCCGCUUCCAGGUGCUGAAGGAAAGAAUUGAGCGUCUUAAAGAAAAAAGCAGCAGGAAUGAAAUGUACGCCUCUGAAAGUGAAUUCAGUGAAGAGAUGAUGGAUAUCAGGAAGGACUUGGUCACCAUUCAUGGACAGAUGGUGCUACUAAAAAACUACAGCUCCUUAAACUUUGCGGGGCUAAUUAAAAUUCUGAAGAAGUAUGAUAAGAGAACUGGUAGAUUGUUGCGUCUGCCUUUUACUCAAUUUGUUCUCCGUCAACCCUUUUUCACAACAGAGCCUCUGACUAGGCUUGUACAUGAAUGUGAGGAAAAUCUUGAACUGCUGUUCCCCCUUCAAGAAGAAGUAAUUCAAUCAGCUCGGCCUACUGGAGAUCAACCUAAAUCACCUGUAGAUAGUGCAGCAAACACUUCACCUGAGGCAUCCUCAACUCUCGGUGAGGAAACUGCGUAUCUAUAUCGCAGCACUCUUGCUGCAAUGAAAGCCAUAAGAGGCCUUCAAAAAGCUAGUUCCACCUGCAAUCCAUUUUCCUUUUCAACCCUCUUUAGUAACCAAGAUGCUGAUAGUACUGGUGCUGUCACAGUUGAAAAUUCUCCAGCAGAUUCUCGAGCUUCCUUGUGGGAUGGGGAAGACACUGAUGAAGAGGAAACCUAUUCUGUGUAGCACAACUUCUCUUUUAGAGUGGCUUGCCUUCUUGUUUGGAUCUAAGCAAAAUCUAUUGAUUGAUAUACAAUAAGUAGCGUGUAAUGCGAGCAUUUGACUCUGAAAAAUGAUACUUGCUCGCUGCCUUUUUUUAUCCACUUUUACACCUUUGUGUGUCUUUGCUGAGCGGUUACCCUGUGUUGAUAACUUUGUAUUGAUGGUGGAAACUUAAAUGUAAACUCUGAUGGUAACCUUUGUAGGAGUUAUUGACUUAAAAGCUUUUGUACUUUCUGGUGUA